CAUGCAGGACGAGGACGGGUAUACCGUGCUGAACAUCUCAAAGAGACCUUUCUCCCAGGGAUCUGCACUCACAGGCAAAGAUCCCCCUGUUCACUCCCAUGUGUGGCGUCCGCUGUCUCUGCUGCUGCUCACUCUUUGCCUCCUGCAGCUCAUUGGAUUAGUGGUGCUCGGAAUCAAGUUUUCCCAGGCACGGAGUCAGGAAAUUGGAGGAACAUCGUCGCCCAACGACAAGCCAGAAAACCUCGACAUCAAUGGGAGCUGUUCUAAACAGCAGGAAUUUCUCUUGUCCCAAAACUCCAAACUGUCAGCUGGCCUGCGGAAAAUGGCCAUAGAAUUAUGCCGAGAAGUGACCAGAAAUAAGCCAGAAUCAAAAUGUUCCCCUUGUGAAAAGGGCUGGCAAUGGUCUGGAGACAGCUGUUAUAGAAAAUUUGAUAUUUGGAAUACCUGGCCAAAAGGAAAAAAGUUUUGCCACGACAACAACUCCACGCUGGUGAAGGUAGACAGCCGGGAAGAGCUGAACUUCAUAUCAGCGUUUAAAGAUGUGUGGCUGGGAUUGUCAUUCAACGUGUCCAGAAGGAGUUGGCUGUGGGAGGAUGGCUCGGCUCUCCGCGGCGACCUGAUCUCGAUUACGGAACCAUAUUCAGACCAUGGGACCAAUUUCUGUGCUUUUCAACAAAAUCGUGUUAGGUCUGCAGAUUGUCUUGAUUACAAGUAUUUUUUAUGUGAGACAGUUGCAGGUCCAGUGAGAGCUGAAUCCCUGUAUUGAUCCUCCCAAGAGUUGGGACCCAUUGUCCCAUCCCACGGGUGACAGAGCCCUGCCAUAAGAUCCACUCUGAAUUGCUGACUGUAGGAUCACAGUGCUGGACUAAAGGGAAGGGAUCUUCACCGGAAAAUGGCAGUGAGCUAACGAAUGAGAUUUCAGCUUGGGAAGACCACGCUCAUGGACCAUCACUUCUUCUAACAAUUUAAAUAGACAUUUCUCCUGGCCCUUUCUUGGGCUCCUGCUGGACCGUCUUUCAACUGUGACACUAUAAUUGAUGUAAAAGUGCUAUAAAAACUGUAUUAAACAAAUCAGACAAUUUU